AUUAGACCUGUAGGUCAAGGGCUUGGGGAUUGGCUCCCUAAGAAAACUACCUGCUUCAAUUUGGGCAGUAUUCUAGUUUUUACAUAUAUCGAAUGAUUUGUGUGACAUAUAUUUGGUGUCUUAUUGUCCCAAUGUUUAUGUGUUUAAAUAAAUGAUAAUAAUAACAUCUUAAUUCAGGUGAUCAGUAGACGGAACCAUGCAAUUUUGAUUCGGUAUAACAAGUAACAACAGGAUUGGAGUGUAGUUCUCAUGAAAUCUUUUAAAUGAAUUUAGAGUAUUAUUUUGAACAAACAAUACUGUAAAAUCAGAACUAGUAAAAAUCAAAGAUCCAAUACACAGGGAAGAACCAUAAAUUUGUCUUUAUGAGAUCAAAUAUAGUGACUGUAAUGCUACAUAUGUAGGUGAAACGUCAAGAGGACUGAAUGUGAGGGUGAAUUAACGCAAACUAUGCUUAAAGCACAUCCCUAAAUCGCCAAAUGAUGUAAGAAAACUCGUAAACGAAUCAGUGAUAGCAUGACACUAUAGAAUCGGGUCAUACAACUGAUUUCCUUCGAAAAGGUUUUAAUUCUUACAAAGAAAGACUAACAGCUAAAACCCUACACAUACGAGCUAAUCCAAAUAGUACUAAUAGGAGAGAUGGAAUUCAAUUAGCUGUCCCAUGGCAACUAAUAAUUAAUAAGUAGACCUGAACUCUUUAUUCCAUUUUAUCUAUCUCUUAUUAUCUGAAUAACAAUAAUUACACUCAAUGCUUCUAAUCAGUUACCUUAUCUAAAUGUGCUAAACAAUUAACUGGAACAGUAAAAAUUACACAAACAUUCAUUCCUUUAUUUCUUUUAAUUUUAUGCAUGCUGUGACAUGUUUGAUUCAUAUCAUGUGUAAAAAUAGUAUUUUUCUUAAAAAUCCACCGAUCAGAGACAAUAUAUAGUAAAUGAAAUUGCUUCUCACACCACUUACGUAUACAUACAAUCUGUUAUCUUAACACCGUUUCAUACCACAUGUCUUACACACUAGAGCAAAUAUCUACUUUAAAAAUUGUUAACGUUUAUUAGAUGACCUAUUUAGUAUAUAGUUAACCAGAGAACCAUGUAACUAUUUUUAUAUUUGAUAACUUUGAUGUUGGGUUAUAAUUGCUUGAAAAAAGUUGGACCAGAUUACCAGGUGAAACGUUGAAUUUACUACAAAUUCAUUCACUACAAAUACAUUCUUCGUCUUUAAUGUCUCACAUCAACUCGGUGCUCAAAUACUAUAAAACUGUUUGAUCAAAUUUAGACGGAAGUUUUUAUAAAUUUAGGGAUAAGUUGUAAAUGUUUUUCAGCUAUUCCGAGUGCCAAAGUUACCUGUGAACUGUUGUAUCAAUAGUUAUUAGGACACUAGUGGGUUAAGUUAUUCAAUAGGUUUAUUAAUAAACUAAUUUACCUUGGUGCAUUUAUAAAUGACAAUAUCCUCACACUAGCACGAGAGCCUAGUUUCACUUCUCAAACCUGCCAUUCUCAAUCGAAACGGGAUGUCCACCAGCGUAUUAAAAUAACAACUUUGCAUAAAAUUCAGCUUUGUGUUACUUUACAAAAAUGAAACAACUUUCGUGUGUGAAGGGAACGUAUAAGUUAUAAUUAUUUGUUUUUUUAAACUUACUGGAAUAAACUAAUGUUCCUUAGAAGUUAAUGAAAGUCCUUUGCAACCAUGUUACAUUUUACGUAGACGAAUUCUGUUUUGGUUAACAGUCCAAAUACUAUCAUUUAAUAUUAUUACUCCUUUAGAUAUUUAAAAUAUGGCCGGUGAAGAAUCGAUAAAAAUUAAAUUAAUCCUAUUGGGAGAUUCAGGUGUGGGGAAGACAAGUUUAAUUCGUCGAUUUGUUGAUGACCGAUUUACACACAGUGAAGCAGCGACAAUCGGUUUCGAUUUCAAACCAUAUCAAAUGACUGUAGACGGAAGAACAAUUCAGUUUAAUAUAUGGGACACAGCUGGUGUUGAACGAUACAGUAGUUAUUUGACUCCUUCUCUUUACCGCCACGCUCAUGGUGCUCUUUUUGUAUACGAUGUUACUUCUGCACAAAGUCUUUCCGGAGUGAAAUACUGGGUAGAACAAACCAGACAAUUCUGUGGUAGUGGACUUUUAAAAAUGCUUGUUGGUAAUAAAAUUGACUUGGAUAAUCGCAUAGUUUCAAAAAAAGAAGGUUCAGAUUUCGCUCGAAGUAUAGGGUCAAUUUUUGUUGAAACCAGUGCAAAAACAAGUGAGAAUGUCCGUGAUGCUUUUGUAGAACUUGUUCGUAAAAUCCUUCAAGAUCCUGAAUUCCUGUCAUCAACAUCAACGUCACAAUCACCUCAAGUCGUAUCCUUUCAAUCUACUCAACCUAGCUCAUCAUUAACAUGUCCUUGUUAA